CAAAAGCUGGGAUGGGAAAUCAGACUGUGCUAACCAAAGGUGAAUUCAGUUUCCUUGCCCUUUGGGCAUUCCUCCUCACUGUGAGCCCAGCACUUUCGGGUGCUUUGCAGGGGUGAAAGUGGUUGCUUUGUAAGUAUUUCAUUUAAAGCGCUGUAUGGCGGCAAGGAGCCAGUGUGCUGAGUGUGUCUGAAUGGUGCCUUGAAUAUGUAUGAGAGCUGUACAUGGAAGGGACUGGCUCUUUCUAUACAGACAAGGAACAAGUGUACUCCUUUAGGCAACAUCCAGCAGUCGCUGCUUAGAGCAUGGUUCUGACUCUGUAAUAUACAGGAUGUAAUGAUUGUGGCAUCGCCAACAUAUGCAGCAUGAUCACGCAAUCUUGCCCCUUUUAUUUGAGGUUUCACUUAAUUGAGGACCCCCCCCCCCUCGCGCGCCUUUAGAACUGUACUGCCAGCUUACUGCUGCUUUUGAAUUCGUGCUUUUUGGAUUUGUAAUGUUUCUCAAGAGCCGCUAGGGGUAUCUUUGCACCAUUUUUCGGGAAACUUCAACUUCGAAUCCUAACCUAUAUGUGAAGAGAAAGAGAUUUCAGCGUUUUACCAGCCAGAGAACCCGGGAUCCCGAAGAAGAGGAAUUAAAAGAAAAAUUCCCUUAGCUUCCAAGCGUUGUGUUGGAAUCCUAGGAAUUUGUUGCAAGAAACUCUGCCUGGAGCACUUCCAGCCCGACAGAAGCAUUUUUUUAAUUUUUUUUUGGAUUAAAAACUGGUUCAGACUGCAAUCAUGGGAGGAAAACAAUAUUCUCUUAUCUUUUUUCUGGUUGGUACAUAGUGGGAUUAUACAAGAUUCCUGACUGGUCUGCAUCGUGGGAAAUAAAUCGAUACCUUGGAACUGCAUGGAGUCUUUAGACUGAAUGUUAAAGACUGGUGAACAGUCAGUUACGGUGGCCAAGGCUGCCCAGCGUUAAUUGGAUGUAAACAUGUAGCUGGCUGGAUUUGAUUGAUAAGGAGGAAAUUAUCAGUAAAUGCUCAUUCUCUUCAAUCUGCCAUGAUGGGAAAGGGAAUUGUCAAUAAGGUGCUCCCUGAUAAAUAGCACACUGUGAAAAUAAUGCUUCAAGAAGUGGGAAAUCAAUGGAAGACAUUUGCCAUGUAAAAAACCUUUGGGAUUUUUUCCGACAGGCUUGCAUUUAGGAAACGUGACACAUUUUCUUCCUUUUUGCUACUCUUCUGAGGUGGAUAUAAAUAGGACUGCUUUCCGGUAGCCUAUAAGCAAAUCUAUGGCUAUGUCAUUUCAAAGAUCGACGUGGCGCAUCUGUGUAUGGUGGAGAACAGUGAUGGUUCUUCUGUUUCGUUUAGGGACUGAUACCAUCUUUAUUGUGUGGAUACUGGGAUUUAUGUUACAUGCUAUGGCAGUGACUUCUCAGAAACUGGAUGAAAAUGAUCCAGUGGUAACCACUAAUUAUGGCAAGCUAAGGGGGGUUAAAAAAGAACUUAGUAAUGAAAUACUGGGGCCUGUAAUUCAGUUUCUUGGAGUUCCAUAUGCUGCACCACCCACAGGGGAGCGUCGCUUUCAGCCCCCUGAACCUCCAUUUUCCUGGCCUGAUAUUAAAAAUGCAACUCAAUUUGCUCCAGUUUGUCCCCAGACUAUUAUAGAAGGCAGGUUUCCUGAAGUCAUGCUCCCUCUCUGGUUUACUAAUAACUUGGAUGUUAUUUCUACCUAUGUUCAGGAUCAGAGUGAAGACUGCUUGUUUUUAAAUAUAUAUAUCCCAACUGAAGAUGUAAAAAGAAUAUCCAAGGAAUGUGCCAGGAAACCCAGCAAGAAAAUAUGUAGAAAAGGAGGUCCCCUAACAAAGAAACAAGCUGAUGAUUUAGGUGAUAAUGACGGUGACGAAGAUGAAGACAUUCGGGACAGUGGGGGGCCAAAACCUGUGAUGGUGUAUAUCCAUGGAGGUUCCUACAUGGAAGGUACAGCAAACAUAUACGAUGGAAGUGUUCUGGCAAGUUACGGAAAUGUCAUUGUCAUCACUGUCAACUACCGGAUUGGUGUACUUGGUUUCCUGAGUACAAGUGAUCAAGCUGCAAAAGGAAACUAUGGACUUCUUGAUUUAAUCCAAGCCUUGCGAUGGACGAGUGAAAACAUUGGUUUCUUUGGUGGUGACCCAUUAAGAAUAACUGUUUUUGGAUCAGGGGCUGGUGCUUCCUGUGUCAAUCUUUUGACUUUAUCUCAUUAUUCUGAAGGUAACCGUUGGAGCAAUUCAACCAAAGGUCUCUUUCAGAGAGCAAUAGCACAGAGUGGAACAGCUCUCUCCAGCUGGGCAGUUAGUUUUCAGCCUGCAAAAUAUGCAAGAAUGUUGGCAUCAAAAGUCGGGUGCAACGUAGAGGAUAGUAUGGAAAUGGUGGAGUGCCUGAGGAAGAAACCUUAUAAAGAAUUAAUUGAUCAAGACAUUCAACCAGCAAGAUAUCAUAUAGCUUUUGGACCAGUAAUUGAUGGUGAUGUGAUUCCAGAUGACCCACAGAUAUUGAUGGAACAAGGGGAGUUUCUCAACUACGAUAUAAUGUUGGGAGUAAACCAAGGUGAAGGGCUGAAAUUUGUGGAAAACAUAGUUGACCAGGAUGAUGGUGUAUCUGCAAGUGAGUUUGACUUUGCAGUUUCUAGUUUUGUUGACCAUUUAUAUGGUUAUCCUGAAGGAAGAGACAUUUUAAGGGAGACUAUAAAAUUUAUGUAUACCGAUUGGGCAGACAGACAUAAUCCUGAGACAAGAAGGAAAACUCUUUUGGCAUUGUUUACUGACCAUCAGUGGGUAGCUCCUGCUGUUGCCACAGCUGACCUUCAUUCAAAUUUUGGCUCACCAACAUAUUUCUAUGCCUUUUACCAUCGCUGCCAAACAGAUCAGGUACCAGCAUGGGCAGAUGCAGCUCAUGGUGAUGAAGUCCCAUAUGUAUUUGGGGUUCCUAUGAUUGGGCCUACAGAACUCUUUCCAUGUAAUUUCUCCAAAAAUGACAUAAUGUUGAGUGCGGUGGUGAUGACUUACUGGACUAACUUUGCUAAAACUGGUGACCCAAAUCAGCCUGUACCACAGGAUACAAAAUUUAUCCACACAAAACCUAAUCGAUUUGAAGAAGUUGCUUGGACUAGAUAUUCUCAGAAAGAUCAACUUUACCUGCAUAUUGGUCUAAAGCCUCGUGUGAAAGAGCACUACAGAGCUAAUAAAGUAAACUUAUGGCUGGAAUUGGUGCCACAUUUGCAUGGCUUCAAUGACGUAUCUCACUAUAUUCCAUCAACAACCAAAGUGCCCUCAACUGAUUUGACAUCAAAGAAGUAUUCUACCACGAAAUGGCCUGUUACAUCAGCCUUUCCCACUGCCAAAGGAGAUGGUCAGAAACAGACACCUUUCUUAGUGGAUCAAAGGGACUACUCGACAGAGCUAAGUGUAACUAUUGCAGUAGGCGCAUCUUUGCUUUUUCUGAAUAUUUUGGCAUUCGCUGCGUUAUACUACAAAAAGGACAAGAGACGGCAUGAUGGACACAGAAGAUGUAGUCCACAACACAAUACAACCAAUGAUCUUACUCAUGCACAAGAAGAGGAGAUAAUGUCCCUCCAAAUGAAGCACACUGAUUUGGAUCAUGAAUGUGAAGCACUGCAUCCACAUGAGGUGGUUCUUAGGACCACGUGUCCCCCAGAUUACACAUUGGCUAUGAGAAGAUCUCCAGAUGACAUUCCCUUAAUGACACCCAACACAAUUACAAUGAUUCCAAAUAGUAUACCUGGGAUUCAGCCCUUACACACAUUCAAUACAUUCACUAGUGGACAGAAUAAUACACUGCCACAUCCUCACCCUCACUCACAUUCAACAACUCGUGUAUAGCCAGGGAUGAAAGAAAAGGAACUUUGUUUUUGAUGGUUAAUAUAAUAGUAAUGCUGAAGAGAAUUUGAUAAUCCAGGUAUACAAUUUUGAUUUAAAUUACAAACAGAACUGUACUUGGCUAUACAUAUCAGUUACAGUGGUUUGUCAAAGGAUGGCCAUGUCAAAUGGAUUAUAAAGCACUAUUUUAAAAUUGCUUGAAGCAAUUAUUAUUAAAACUAUAUUUCUUUAAAAUUAAAACAAAAUGUAUUCAUGGAGGUUCUGAGAAACAUAAUAGGAUAAGGCAUGUGCUACACAAGCAAGGAAGAGUGAUAAUUGAAAAUGGGAAAUCUACAAAUAUGCACAAGAGACAAAUUCAUGGAAUGUCAUGGAUUAUUUUCUCCAGUUUUUAUUUGGAACUGUUUUAUUCUUUAGAACAUAAUUACAUAUCUGGAUAUGUACACAAAGCACCAGUGCAGUUAAAGAUUCUUUGGGGGCUUCAUGCUGAAUUCUGCCAGUUAAACAAAGAGGUUGAGAUUCUGGCAGGUGCAACUUUGUCACAUAAGUGCUGUCAGUAUAAAUUGUGGGGAAAAAAGGGAACUGGAUAUUUUUAGCACGAUACGCAUGAUAAUUUAUAUGCUUGGUGGCUGUGCUGCUGAUAAAGCCGCAAUUAAAGUACUUCUCAUUCCCACUGGAGUUUUAAAUAGAAGUUUCCUCCAUCAAUUGGCACAACAAAAAGAAGAUUUUUUUAGAGGCAAAAUGUAAUUACAUUACAUAAAUUCACAGUAGCUUCAGUGAUAAAAAUGGUACUACAUUAGGUGUAUAAUCUGUGUGGUGGUAGCUAUAAUAGUGGUGAACACUCGCUUAUAAAUCCCAGAUUAUAGUACUUAUUUCAUUUUUAUUAUCUUGUUUUGUUUAUAUUACAAAUGAGUUGUGAACAUUUUUAAAAAGAGGUAGAUCAUCCCAAUGUUAAUAUCUUAGUAUGAGUUUGUCACUGCUGAAUGUACCCAGUUACUUCAAAUUAAUAUAAUGGGUAAUGGAACCAUGGUGAUACAAUGAAUUAUGAUUUACUGAAGUACAUUUAAUAGAACUUCAGUUUAAUAAAACUGACUUUCUCAGGCUACAGUGAUUACUCAUCUAUGGUAUGCUGUACUGUAUGUGUUAAUGCAUUGGGGGUCCAUGGGUUAAAACAAAUUUCAUACUGCCUUCUUCAGACAAAUACAUAUGUGUGUGUGUGUGUGUGUGUGUGUGUGU